AUGCUCUGGUCGAUGCAGGAGCGCAAGUCGGAUGCCUACGCCGGCAUGAAGGUGCCCGAGGCGGGCAGGGCGCUCGGCGCGACGUGGAAGACGAUGGACGAGGCGGCGAGGGCGCCGUGGGUCGAGGCGUCGAAGGAGGACCACGCGCGGCACGCUCGCGAGAUGGCGAGCGACGUGCCCAGUCCCGAGUUCGCGCGCGAGGCUGCCGGCAGCUCCGGCGCGGCCGAGAAGGCCGGCGCCAAGCGCACCCGCCCGCACGCCACGGAUGGCGGCGACGCGCGAUUUGGCGGCCUCUCUGCGAAGGCGUGGGGCAAGCAGCGCGCACCAUGA